CCGCGGCCGGGACCGCCCGGGGCAGGUGCCUCCGGACCCCCCCGGCAGGCCGACGCCGCCCGCUGGGGCCACCCAUGUGGCUGUGAGAGGACGGGGGUGGCCGGGGCCCCCCAGGGCCCCCCCAGGGCCCCCCCAAAGCGCCCAGGCUCCGCAGCCAGCCCAGGCACCAUGACCUGUCCGGCCGCCGAGGGACACCCGGCUCCCGGGGGCCGCCAAGAGACCAAAGCCCACCUGGGCUCUGUGGCCCACCCGGGCCCCCAGCACGGCUCCAUGGCUCCUCAAGGCUCUGAGGGCCACCAAGAGACCAAAGCCCACCCGGGCUCCGUGGCCACCAGAGGAUCCGUGGCCAGCUGGACCUCUGCGGUCAGCCAGGACCACCGAGAGACUAAGGCCCACCUGGGCACUGUCACCCACCUGGGCACUGUCACCCACCUGGGCACUGUCACCUACCUGGGCUCUGUCGCCCACCUGGGCUUUGUGGCCGACCAAAACUUCGUGGGCAACCAGGACCACCCCGAGCCCGGUGCUGGUGGUGGCUCCGUGGUGCUGUUGGACUCCAAGAUCUCCCAAGGCUCUGAGGAGCACCUGGGGACUCGGGUCAGCCAGGCCUCUGUGACCCACCUGGCGUCUGUGGCCACCCAGGACCACCUGGAGAUGGAGGUGCAUCAGGAAUCCGUGGCCAACCGAGGUUCUGGGGGCAACCAGGAGCACCCAGAGCCCGACAUCAACAUCUCCUUGGACUCCAAGGUCAAUCAGGGCUCCGUGGGUCAUUUAAACCUGAAGGGCCACCAAGACCCCGCCCCCUCCCAGGCCUCCGAGGACCCCCAAGAGCCCAAGGUCACCCAGGGUCCCGUGGCCAACCAAAAGACCAAGGUCAACCAAAGCCCCAUGGCCCCUCUAGAGGCCAAGGUCAACGAAGACCCCGUGGUGCGUUUAGACUUGGGGGUCCACCAAGCCCCCUGUGGCCACCCGAGCCCCCGAGGACCCCCGAGCGCCCCUGGCCCACCCGGACAGCCAGGCUGACCAGGCCCUGGUGGCUCUCACAGACUGGAACGUCCACCAAGCCCCCCUGGCCGAGCACAGCCCCGUGGACCCCCAAGAGACCGAGGUCAAGCCCGGCCCUCCGGACCCGAGGGUCCCCCUGGAGACCACGACCGAGGGACGCUGCCUGGGCACCGAGUGCC